GGUGCAGGCACCCCCGGGGCUGCGGGUGGUGAACCCGGAGACCGAACCUGCAGACCCAGCGCAAAGUAGAAACUGAAAGUACGUUGCCGGCCGGAUCGUACGGAAGUUAUGGGAAAGGCAGAGCGCGGAGCCGGGCCGUGGUGUGUGCCGCCCCCCUGGGGAUGGAUGAAGCAGCAGGCGCGGCGAGGCUGAGAGGACCCGGCGGCAGAGAGCGCCCGAGCCGGCGCCCACUCCCAGCAACUCCGCGGGGCGCCAGGGCCCCGGCGGCGACCAUGGGCGGUGAGAGCGUGCUCCUGCUGCAGUGGCGGUCAUCAUGACCUCGCCCGCCUCCCGCAGACCAUGUUCCAUGUUUCUUUUAGGUAUAUCUUUGGAAUUCCUCCCCUGAUCCUUGUUCUGUUGCCAGUAGCAUCUUCUGAUUGUGAUAUUGAAGGCAAAGACGGCAGAGAGUAUCAGCACGUUCUAAUGAUCAGCAUCAAUGACUUGGACAUCAUGAUAAAAAAUCGUACCAAUUGCUCGAAUAAUGAACCUAACAUUUUAAAAAAACAUGCAUGUGAUGAUAAUAAGGAAGGUAUGUUUUUAUAUCGUGCUGCUCACAAGUUGAAGCAAUUUGUUAAAGUGAAUAACAGUGAGGAUUUCAAUCUCCACUUAUCAAGAGUUUCACAGGGCACAUUACAAUUGUUGAACUGUACUCCCAAGGAAGACAAUAAAUCUUUAAAGGAACAGAGAAAACAGAAGAGCUUGUGUUCCCUAGGGAUACUACUACAAAAGAUAAAAACUUGUUGGAACAAAAUUUUGAGGGGCUCUAAAGAACAUUGAAAAAUAUGGAGUGGCAAUAUAAAGACAUAUGAACUUUAACUGUAUCCACCAAGAAUCUAUCUGCUCAUACAAUUUUUGGGGUUAGAAUACCCUAGAAGUUACAGAAUGCAUCCUGUUAAAAGUGGAUUAGAGCAAUUGAGACAUUCAUACCGUAGUACUAGAAGAUGGAUGUAAACAGUGGAAACCAAAUGCUGCAAUCAACAAACCUUCGUAUGUUUUUGGACAUAUAUCAAUCAGUAUUAAUUGUGAUUUUUGUAAGACCAUCAAUGUAAGGUAUUAGUCGCAAUAAUACUUUUCAAACCUGUUUUAAAACUUGAGAAGAAGACAUAUAAAACCUGCGAAGUAUAUAAAAGUGGCAGGAAUUAAAAAUUAAUAUUGUUUUAUUAUCAAAAUAAUUUUAUGCACCAGCACACUACAAUGAGUGGAAAUCGUCCUCUUCUGUGCUGAAAAUGUUUCAGAGCUACCAGUUAGAUGUGGGUAAUGCCAAUGAGAGUUAAGAGUUACAUAUCUUAAAGAAACAGCAGUAUGAAGGAGUCCAAGAUACUUAAGAGAGAUAUUAAGACAUGUAAUUAAACAUGAAUGCAUAACACAGUGCCUUCAUUAAUGGUACAGCAAAUGUUUUAAGAUGACCGUAAAGAAUGAUUUCACAAAAUAGAAAGUCACCCGUUCUAAGGAUGCUAAACCGUAAUACUGAGUUACUUUUGUCAUUUUUGUGUAAUAAAACUUGUCCAAAUGAGUUUGCAAUUUGGGAAGUAUAUUUUUAAUAGAAUAAUAUAUGUUGACCUUUUAAUUAAUGGAAUGUAUAUUUAAUUUUGACAUUAUAUCUGUAUUAUAUAAAAAUAUUUUCAUACAGUAUUACAAACAAAUUGCUUACUUUGGAUAACAUUUCUCCUUUGAUAAUAAAUGACCUAUAUAAUAAGACUGUCAGAUUCAUUUAAUGAAUUUUUAAGAGUUUUUAAGAUUUUUAAUACUGCAUUACUCUUUGAUCUCUGUCAUUGAAUCUUUGACUUUUAAUACCAUUUACUCAGAAUGUACGAGACUAGGACCCUAAAACUACAUAAGAACAGGAACAUUACUUCUAUGUUAAAUUUUAAUCUUUUAAAAGAAACUUUUGUAUAUGCCAGAUCCUGCUUAGAAAGGUCAACAGCCUUCACUUACUUAUAAAGGGAAAUUAAAACCCUAGUCUAGACAGGUCAGAGUUCUCCACAGCCACCAGUUUGCACAACUCACAUCCUUCCUGCUUUUGUACACCGUCAUCAGCACCUGGUUAGGUGCUGACUGGCUUUAUUUGAGCUUCAGAUGAUGCUCAGGUGCCAUCCUCACUGUGUGGUGGUAAAACCUUCUUCCUCUCUGUUCAUGUUUGUGUGUUUCCCUCUCUCACUCUCCCUAAUGCCUUAGCCUUUCACCCUCACUUUACACCUAAUGCCUCUGUGUAGAAUGAGACAGACUGUUGCCCAGAAUUCACUGACUGCUCCAUUGAUAGGGCUUUGAAUCAAGUAUGUUUUCUGUUUGGUUUUCAUUAUUAACUCCAGAAAAGGGAGCUGACGAACACUUUUAGGAGCAGAUGAUUCUUUAUCCAGUUCUUUCUUCAGAUGGACUUUUCUAAGCAAGCUUUGCUUCCUUCUACCAUAAU